GUCCAAAAUCACUACGGGAUACGAGUAUGUGACCUACGACACUAUAAAGCGCUAAGAGGCCCCCGUAAGCGACUUGCUCUCAACCUCUCAUCAGGUGAUGUUUUUCUUUCCGAUAUCAAUCUUCUCCAGCCAACACCCCCAAUCGGCGAUACUAGAGGCAACAUUUGACAAGCUAUAUAACUUCAAAAAUCAUACAAGGAAAUAAGAAGGCUGAAGUGAAAUACGAGAUAAGAGUCUGACUGUAAUUUAGUGAGUCACGAUUGGCCUCUCUGAGCCUACUGUAUCAGCAACCCGGCUUACACCACCUUGUCCUGAUCGUCGGAGAUUUCUAUAUGCGUCUAUACAGAUCUGACAUAUACGAACCUGGCUCUCCCCUAUAAAUAAUAUAAAUACCUGUCAUCUUGAGUCUCUACUCGGUUGCUAUGAUGCGCUUCGUCGGUAACAUGUCUCUUAUCGACGCUGGCCGGGCCCUUCUGAGUCUGCCACAAGCCCUAUUGUAUCCCCCACCACAGACAACAUCUGCACCUCUAGUUACGGUCCAGAACGGCACAUACUCCGGAGUAUAUAAUUCUCAAUAUGACCAAGACCACUUCCUUGGUGUACCAUUUUCUCAGCCACCAGAGCGUUUCUCAGUAGCGCAAGGGCUCAAUACAACUUGGGAUGUUAUCCGAACAGCGCAUGAAUAUCCGGUUCAUUGUUAUGGCUACGGAAGGGAUCAAGAUGGCUUCGAGCAGUCUGAAGAUUGUCUGUACCUAAAUAUAGUGCGACCUGCAGGCCUUCAUGACGAUGCACUUCCAGUCGCUGCUUGGAUUCAUGGAGGAGGUCUAUGGAUGGGUGGUGCUGCGAAUCCGCGUUACAAUCUCUCAUUCAUUGUUGAACAAAGUGUUGCCCUGGGGAAACCAGUCAUUGGCGUCAGCUUCAAUUAUCGUCUUUCGGCAUUUGGAUUCCUCAUGGGUAAAGAGGCCAUGAAAGAAGGAGUCACGAAUCUUGGAUUUCGUGAUCAAAGACUUGCACUCAGUUGGAUUAACGAGAAUAUCGCGGCGUUCGGAGGCGAUCCCGAUAAAGUCACCAUCUUUGGGGAGAGCUCCGGCGCAGAAAGUGUUGCGGCUCAAAUAUUUGCCCACAAUGGACGAGAUGAUGGCCUUUUCAGGGGAGCUAUUGGGGAGUCUGGCUUCGGUGCACCCCUUGGCCGAUACCCUGGUGGCUUCAAUGCGACUAAAAACCCACAGAGUACUUAUGACUAUUUUGUUAGCUCCAUCCCAUCGUGUGAGAAACUGGCGGGAUCAGACUCGACUCUAGACUGUCUGCGCAAAGCACCCGUCGAAGAGAUUGACAUAGCAUUGCGAUCCGGCACUGGCCAAAGGUGGGCUCCCGUCUUGGAUGGUGACUUCUUUGCGGAUUAUACUACGAACCAAUUAGCCAGUGGACGUUUCCUCAAGAUCCCAAUUCUUGUAGGAGCGAAUACAGAUGAAGGGACAUCCUUUGGCACUAGGAAUGUUGACGACGACGACGAUUUAAGGGAGGGUAUCUGGAUGAGGAUGUUCCCAGAUGAAGUAGAGAAGACCACUGGAAAGACCAAAAAUGAACUCAUUGAUGAGUUGAUGAGUCACUAUCCUAACGACCAAAGCCUCGGAAUUCCGUCCUUGGAGACCUGGCCACACGUUAUCAAGCCAGGCGAUGGCUACGCCGAGGAAUUCGGACUUCAGUAUCGCCGGGAUAACGCAAUAUUCGGAGAUUAUGUCAUGCAGUACCAACGACGUCGUGCGAAUAAAGCUUGGGCAAAGCAUGGCGUACCCAGCUAUGUAUAUCGCUUCAACAUCAGGCCGAAUGGACAACCACCGGAGGCUGGAGUAGGACAUUUCCAAGAAGUCGCUUUUGUGUUUCAUAACACCAACGGUGUUGGAUACGAUCCUAACCCAUUUGGAGGUAAUGGAACAUAUCCAGCGGAUGCUAAAGCCAUGUCCAAGACGAUCAGCACUGCUUGGAUCAACUUUAUCAAUGGUCUUGAUCCUAAUGGCGUUCCAGGGCCGGAACUCUUUAAUGGGAACGAUUGGCCUGUUUAUGAGCUGUCUGAUGGCCCUAACGGGAAGGGUGCGGUCUUCGACAUCAAUGGAACGCAUAUUGAGGUUGAUGAUUGGAGAGCUGGAGGUAUGGAGUGGAUGGCGGAGCAUGCUUUGACGGUUUUCGGAAACUAGAAGCUAUUCUCUGAUAUUUAGAAGCGAACCAUAUAAGGACACUUAUUGUAUUAGCCUGUCUUAUACUUGGAAUGCACUUUGCAUCGAGAGGAACUGUGAAGAAGUGCAUCGCACACCAUGAAAUCAAGGAAUAGUCAGGCGCAACGCUUCACCGCAUUGCCAUUGGCACAUAUUAUACACGAGAUACUGGAACCAUGAUGAUUCCAAUAUUGCUGAGGGUCAGGAUGCUCUCCUCAGUUAAGACAUUGAUUGGCUU